CUGGAGAGUGAGCAGAGAUGGCCCGUGCUACAGCAGCUCAGCUAGUAGUGGUCGCCCUCGUGGCGGCGAUGCUCCUCGCGUCUCCUCGCACCGCCAACGCCAUCCUCUGCGGUCAGGUGACCGGCGACUUCGUCGUCUUCUGCAUAAACUACGCUCGCCGCCCACCGGUCGACGACCCCCCAUCCUCGCGGUGCUGCAGGAGCGUCAAGGGGAUCGCCGACGCCGCACGGACGGCCAAAGAGAAGCUUACCGCGUGCGACUGUCUCCAGAGCAUGCUCAAGGGCAUCCGUGGGAUCAAUCCCGAAACCGCCGCCAGCAUCCCCUCCAAGUGCGGCGUCAGCUUCCCCUUCGCCAUCAGCACCUCCGUCCCCUGCCCUGACUUUUCGCUGAUGAUCAACCGGUCCCCUGCCCAUGCCGUUGAUGUCGCCUAGCUCCGCCGGAUCAGUUGAUGUUGUAUCGCUUUUGUUUCCUUGUUCAUUCCGCUCCUUUCUCAGAGAUGGAGUUUGUUGUUAUACUACCACGUGUCUAAUGCGAGUGUA